AUGUCAUUUUUCAAAUCCGUCGGCGACAACGCCAAGAAGUUUUCCAGCCAGGGAUUCGAUAUGGCUAAAUCUGGCGCUAAUUCUGCUUCCUCUUUCGCAGGCGAUAUCGCUAAACGACCUGAACUUGAUUUCAGUCUGCCGAGGGAAUGCGACAAAGCGGCAGAAAUCCUUCAGUCUUUUCUAGCUAAUCCGGAUGACCCACUAAGUGCACUGAACAGCAUUCCCAAAGCUGUACUCGAGCGUGCUAGCGGUUUGGCCGUGUUCAGGAUAAUCAAGGCGGGUUUUUUAGUAACGGGCCGCGCAGGUAGCGGUAUAGUUAUUGCUCGACUAGAUGACGGUACUUGGUCAGCGCCCUCGUGUAUAGCUACCGGUGGCGUCGGCUGGGGUUUGGCAGUCGGUGCGGACAUUACAGAUUUCGUUGUUGUCCUCAACUCGAAAGACGCAGUUGACGCAUUCACUUUGGCUGGCAAUCUCACUAUAGGAGGUAACAUAUCAGCGUCGGCUGGUCCUUUGGGUACUGGCGGGGGAGUGCAAGCUGCGUUAUCCGACCCCUCACCUCUAUUCUCGUACUCCAAGUCGCGCGGCCUCUUCGCAGGCGUCAGUCUCGAAGGUACUGCUAUCAUGGAGCGGAGAGAUACAAACAGUGCUUUCUACGGCACUUCUAUCCCCGCUAAAGACAUUCUCGGCGGUCGUAUACCCCCUCCCCAAAUUGGUGAGAAGAUGUACACCGUUAUCGAGAACGCGGAGGACGUCGACGAAUCGUCUGUGCCUUCUCGAACUCAUGUUCCCCCUCCGCCACCCGGUAACUCCUCACAAUCACCUGCAACGUCUAGAGGACAGACCCUUUUCGACGCUGAAGGUAGAUCUUGA